CACAGCGGCUUGCCUCAGACACAGGUGGUCGGCUGGUUCAGCACCUCGGACAGCGACCUCUCCGAUAGGCUGGAGUCUGUCGGCGGCCAAUGGCCUCGGCGGCGCGGCUGCGACAGCGACGACCAGCAGCAGCAGCAGCAGCAGCAGCAGCAUCCCGGCCGCAGCCAAUGGGAAGGCGCCGUUUCUCUCCCGCAUCCAACCCGAAUAACUGCAGAUGCCCGCAUCAAAGCGACGGUUCUCUCUCUCCAUCUCUCUCUCCAUCUCUCUCUCUCUCCAUCUCUCUCUCUCUCUCUCUCUCUCUCUCUCCAUCUCUCUGGCUCUCUCUCUGGCAGCUUUGCAUGGCGGAGGGUAUAUGCUGCCAUCUAUUUUUGGAUUCCAUAGUAGCCAUUCUUUUCUCUCCUGGUUGUUCUCCGCCGUCGUGUUGAUCGAGACGGGACGCUGAUAGCCGUGACCGCAUUGAUUUUCGCUUCUCAAUGGAAGACGUCUUCCCACCUCCAGGAGGGAAGCACCUCACGCAUCCGUGUUCCCACCGACGAGCGGGGACUUUCGUCCAGAUGAAGAUUUGAAAAAAUAAUAAUAAUAAUAAAGGGGGAGUAGGGCAGCGGUCAGCCGGGAGAUCCGACCCGUCGGCCUGCAGCGCUGGGGGUUUACAUACCACCAGGGGACCGAGCCGUUUCUUUUACGCCCUGGACCCCCGCGGGCGGCAGCCUGUGCUGGCGGUGUGGAAAACCAGCGAGCCGAGCGGGUGGGAGGCGUUUUUUCACGUUUUCACCGCAUUUGCCCGGCAGCAGCAAGGGGGCAAGUCGAGGUGCCUUACAUGGGUUUCAGAGGGAGAGUCGAUUGACAAGAAGGUUUGACUUCCUCCAGUAGUGACACUUUGGUAUUCCCAAAGCUCUUUUUGUCCAGACGUAUCAAAGAGCUUUGCCCCCUCUGCUCCCGACGCCACUGUGUCCCCCCUUACCCCCACCAGUCAUCAUGGGUACAGUGUUGUCGCUGUCUCCCAGCUACCGAAAGGCGCCGCUGUUCGAGGAUGGCCCGGCUACAGUGGGCCAUUACACAGCCGUCCAGAACAGCAAGAACGCCAAGGAUGCUGCAGCUGCAAAGUCCCUCAAACGGCCCUCCAUCAUCAGCGUGUUACCAUGGAAACGAAUUGUGGCUGUAUCGUCGAAGAGGAAGGGCUCCAAGAAGCUGCAGUCAGAUGGGGGGGACUGUGGGAAAGGGAGCUCUCCCGACGGACAAGCCAUCGCCACAGCCAACUCGGCCUCCAACAGCCUGAAACUGAAGAAGUCCCAGUCCUGCGCUAACCUUUCGUCUUUCACAUGCAGCCAGGACCCCGGAGCCACCACUACCACUACCUCCUCUCACCUGCCCACCUCCAAGACCUUGGCUAACGUAGCUGUUGCUGCCAAAAAGAAUUCCCUCACAGGCUCGGGGAUCCAGCCAUAUACUGCAGCAGGCACGCCGAAACGUGUCAUUGUCCAGGCCUCCACCAGUGAACUGAUGCGUAGCCUGGGGGAGUUCCUGUGUCGUCGAUGUUAUCGACUGAAGCGUCUAUCCCCAACAGAUCCGGUACUGUGGUUGCGCAGCGUGGACCGCUCCCUCCUCCUACAGGGCUGGCAGGAUCAGGGCUUCAUCACUCCGGCCAAUGUGGUCUUCCUCUACAUGCUGUGUCGCGAUGUGGUCUCUGCCGAGGUGGCCUCCGAGCGCGAGCUGCAGGCGUCGCUGCUCACCUGCCUCUACCUGUCCUACUCCUACAUGGGCAACGAAAUCUCCUACCCACUUAAGCCCUUCCUGGUCGAGGCGGAGAAGGAAGCCUUCUGGGACCGCUGCCUGGAGAUCAUCAACCGCAUGAGCGGCAAGAUGCUCCAGAUCAACACCGACCCGCACUUCUUUACCCAGGUGUUUGCUGACCUGAAGAAUGAGAGCAAGAAAGAAGAGGAGAAGACCAAACUCCUCAUAGGCCUUGACCGAUAAGAGGGAGCUUGGAUGGGGGAAGCAAGUAUAGAUUGAUAGGAAGAUUGACAGAGUUAAUGGGUUGACGAUGGGUGGACUACUGUAAUGCAUUGUAGCACCACCUUGGGUCAGUACUGUUGUCUGGCGUCUCUACUGCUUCAUGAAUUACCAAAUUUCUUGUAACCCAGAAAAAAUCCCUCUGGGAUAAAACAUUGUGUCUAAAUCCUUGUCGUGUGCGAAGGCACCAACUGGCCUACAGUGGCCAUUUUACCAAAAGUAAGCAGAUAGAAUCAGGGUCAUUGUGGUUUUGGCCGCAAUAGUUGACACGACUGGGUCGGAUUAGAUUAGACAGACAGAUAGACUCCGUUUUUGGGGCCAGGAGGUUACAAUAACAAGCUUUUAGGCCGAGUUAUGCCAUGUUUUUAUCAAACACCUGGUGAGCAGGGUUCAUUUUAUCACAUCAACAGGAUGCGAAAGAGAUAUCUAUAAGUUUUUUCUUUUGCCUCUGGCCCAGAGAUGAGCAUCUGUCUGAGCUGUACAUUGAUUUGGUGAGAUGAGAAAUGAAAUCUGAUAUUCCUAAUGAAGAACUUUUCUGUCUUUUGAUUUGAAAAACCUAUUGGGGUUAGAAACGCCAGACAACACAGAUUUACAAAACUUAAGGUGAAUAUUAGUAUGAAUAUAAAGGUAUGGGAUAUUGAUAUUGUUUGAUGAAGUCCGGGCAUUUUCGUUAUUGGGAAAUGUCAGCGUAUUGAAAAACAAGAAUCACGCUGCAUGAGGUCACCUCAUAUCUCCUUGCACAUGACCACCUGCUUAUUGCCAACUCCAUUUUACCUUAAUCCCUAUUGUCCUGCCAAAGCUCAUUGCACUCCCCAACACUGGCUGUGAGGCCCACUGUUGAAUCUUAAAGAGCAUUAGCUAAGAGCUAGAAUCAACCACAACAAAACCAGUCUGCAAACUUUUCAGACUGUGAAAUUGACAUCCCAAUUUGGUGUAAUUGUACUGUAGCUGAUUAGUCGAUCCGCUUCUUACAUAAAGUACUGUACUUUAAGGGAAGUAUUUGGGUUUAUCCAGCCAAAUCUGCUAUGAAUUGAACGAUCAGUUUUAAAUGAAAUGCUAAUCCUCGGGCACUGAUUAAUAAUUAUUCAAAAAAGUCCCAUUGUAAGAUGUUUACGUUAACAAAGUAAAAAAAAAAAAAUAUGGGAAAAUGCAAUACUGUCCCCUCUUGGGCAAAUUUACACAAGGAAUAAUGUCAUUCCUUCCUGUUCCCCUGCACUUUGUCCUGCAGUCCAUAUUGGUGCUGUCCUGAAUGACCACGGGAAAGUGUGUUAAACAAAGAAAGAAUGAAAGACACGUUGAAAACACUGCACUCAAGUUGUGGACUUCAUACGAAUGAUCGGCGGAGCUGAGCCAUGGAGGACGUGUGUGAGACUGGAUCAUGUGAGCCGUCUCGACCAAUAGCCGCAAACCUCAGAAUGAAAGAAGAAAAUGUGAUUAUAUUGCAGGUGUGUGAGGGCGGGGGCAGACGCUACAAGUGCAGAUGUGACUUUUUCUUCCAAAACCACGCUUUGACGUUGCUGUUGCCUCUCAGCUCGAGGGGCGGCUGUUUGAAGUGUCGAACCCCUGUCCUCGCUCCUUCCCCCUCGCCGCUCAUUACUCUCCACAUCAACUUGAACAAGCAAAAACAACACAGAUUCUCCAUCCACUCCAGUCUGGUCUGAACAGGUACUGUCCCGUCUGGUUCGGUCCAGUCCAGCUGUCCCAUAUAUAGAGACUCUCUGGUCCACUGACCCGAUGGCUUACUUAUUCAGUUGUUUGAUAUGCAUGUGUGCUUCUAUAGGUUUCCUAGCAUGCUGCGUUGUGUUGGGCACACGGCACCAUAUGUUAUAGAAGAGAAUGAGCAGUCGCCACACUGAACUGCUGAAAGCUUGGCUCAGUGAUGUGACAUCCACUCAGCAUAAGGGCUCUUUUAUUUGUGAAAUUCUAGUUUUAUCCAUAUAUUGCACAUGAAGGUAAAUCCAGUCAUAGGUCCUUCAUCAUAAUUGCCACUAUUCUUGAUUCCAUGGUGCUGAGGGGUCUAUAAGACCCUUAUAAAACUAAAUGGUUCUCCCAUACAGAUCUUUAAAAGAAAUCUCUGGUGGUGGAUCUGAUGGUUUGCCCCUAUAAGGACGAUUAUAACUGUGGCAGAAAAUAACCUUUUUUGACAAAAGUAGAAACAGAAGCUCCCCUUUGAAGAGGUUCCCUGUGAAGAGGAUGUUGCAUCACUAAGUCUUUAACUUUAGAAAAGCUCUGCUUUCUCAAACGGGGCAGAGAGCUCAUGCCAUAUCAUUCUAAAGACUCGUUAUUUCAUACAUAAAAAUAACCAACAAAACACUAAGAAACAUGAGCCAACUCCAAGUCUCCGACUGCUGAACAAGAAAGACUUGAAAGGAAAUUUGAUGAACAAGCUUUUUCACAGUGUUGCGAUUUCAGGUACCAGACAUGUAGACUAGAAAACAAGGGACAUGUCUAAGAGUGAUGUUAAUACGCAGGGACGUUUUAUGUGCCACGAAACAUGAGAGUUGUCGAAAGCUGGAGCACUCAGCAUUGUGUUCUCGGCUUUAUUAUUUCUGGAUAAAAUACAUUUUGGGCUGCACUCUGGGUAUAUGACGAAUCAAAAUAUCAAACAUUGGGCAAAGGCUUUUAAUUACUUGUUCAAACAGAAGACCGUGCCCGUUUGCAUACUUGGCAUCUCCACAGUAGAGGUGAUUUAACUCUGGUUGGGGUUCUGUGUUCAGAUGAUAACGGACUGGGCUGCAGUAGAUGCCAUGCUGUUAAUAAGAAUACAUGUAGCCUUCAUCCAGAGUCGGACCACAUGCACAUGAAGAUUGAAUACAUGUGUUCUGUUCGGUUUAACAGUAGACAAGUAGCAUUUCUCUGAAUGGCUUUCCCUGCAUGACUGUUCAAUAAUUUGUUGUUCUUAAAGAGCCAAACUGUAGGUUCGUUGGGACCCAACAUAUAUUUCUGCCCGGUAGAGAUACAUUUAAAGGUGCUAUAUGUUGGUUUUUCUCUAUUGCUACAUAGCCAGUGUUAGCACUGACAGCUACUCACCAAUCUAGCAGAAACGUUGCGUGUUCAGCACGAAACUUCCGUUCGUUCGUUCCUUGCCUUGCCACUUCCUUCGCACCACUCUAGCGGCAGAAUGUGGCUAGCGAUUUUCUUCGACUGACGUUAGCAUGCUAACUGGCUAGCCUCAGCCCAUCAAGUUCCGAUAGCUUGCCACUGUAGCCUCCGGUCUGAAAAAGUAGCACUGCGACAACUACUUGUGUCUUGUAAAUGUUUGGUGGCAGAGAAAAAUUACGUAUUGCAAUUUUAAUGGUUCCAUGACAGGACAUUUGGUGAACUGAACAAAAGUGAAUAAACCUAAAUGCGGGUUAUGCUUCAAUACAAAGACUUGAAUUUGACCCAGCUUUGGUGGGAGAAUGAUUGUCUAUGUUGAAAUCGAGAAAUAUUACUUGUUGGUUCUAUGUGAUAAACAUUGAAUUGACUAUGUUUGCUAAACCACAGCAACUUUAGAUACCAUUACUACUCCUGCUAAUCUGUUUAGAAGUACUUUUAAGUACAGACGAAAUUUGCUUCUCAUUUCUAGUCAGCGUUUAGGGAUGUUUAUCGGCUGAAAUGACGGCAGUCGCCAAAAGAGUUACUCAGCUAGCUAGCUACUUAAGUUGAUGUUAGCUCAACGAGUUGUCUGAAAAUGCUGUGUCCUGCUAACAUCUGUUUGGCUUACAUCUUCCACAGAUUAUAAUAAUGUGGAAGUGCUUCUAAAUCUGCUCUGGUAGCCUACACGAUUUUCUGCUUAAAGACUGAAGUAACUUCUGUAUUGCAGGCGAAAGUUCUGCAUCCUCUGCAGCUGGAGAUGCAUGUAGAAGACAUAAAAUAGUGAUUGAGUUAUGUUCUUAUUCUGCAGUGUAGAGCAAGUGAGUCCGAAUAUAUUUACUAGGAAAACAGAUUAUUGUUUAAUUUCACUAUUGACCCUGCUUCCUCAAAUUCCACAAAAAGCAGAGCUGCCUACAUUAGCUUAACCUCUGACAGUGUCCAGGAUUGUCUUCCUCGGAGUGGCAAGAAACUGCGCAUUUGUUGUGCCAGUUGUGAACAGGGGCUUUUUAAAAAAAUGUAACCUUUAACUACCACAAAAUUGUUGAAUGUGUUCCUUAGUCCUGGAAGUAUCACUUGUUCACUAACUAUAGGUAGUAGGCCAAAGGUUACUGGCUAACUGUAGUUAGUUAGCCAGUUAGACACACAAGCUAAUGAUUGCAUCUUACGUAAGAAAUGCACUGGCUCACAAAAGAAGACAUCACCCUGCAAACUCCUGAAAUGCCAUCUAUUCUUACUUCUUACUACAGCACCGUUCAAACUGCCUCAAAAUGUGGCGCGACACGAGGCUCAACGGGCCUGCCAUGGUUUGGUUAUGGUCGCCAAUCUAUUGAACAGUCACAUGCUCGGGGAUGCGUUCGUAGAAAAGUCAAUUCUACUCUCAGUUACGCGCAAUUCUGAUUCCAUAUCCUAGAUUAAGAAUGCCCCUUUCCCCUUCCAUCCACUCACACACACACACACAAACACACACACACACACACACACACGCUAAGAGCAUUAUAUAUUGAUUAUUCGAUAUCAUGUGGAUGUCAGAUGACAGCUUUUGACAGACAAGGGGAGUUAUGCUGUAUUUCUCUGUGAGACAAAAUGACUGAUGAGCAAAUGUCCGUCGACAUUUGAACCUGUUUUCCCUCCACCUGCUUCAGACCUUCCAGCCGUGAAGAAACAGUAAAAACAGAGACAAGGAAGCAAGCAAAGGAAAAUGUCACGCCCCCUCCUAUACAUCCUCUCAUCAUUGAUCAACUAUGUGCCAUAUUUUAUCUUGCAGCACGUACAAGACAAAAAAACUAUCGUGUAACAUAUGACGCUAAUGGUAAAUAUGAUGACGUUAUUACAGUUCUUCUUCCUUUUCAUUUGUGAAUCAUAUUGUGUAAACAUGAAUCUUGGUUGAACAAAAGUCAAGGCUACUAGUGUUACUAGAGUGCUGAUGCUGCGGUCUGUUACCAUGUGGAUGUAUGAAUAUGUAUGUGAGGAAUAAGAAUAAAUUGAUCAACUGUAACAGGAACUUUAUAUAAAAAACAUUUACAAGCA